CGCAGACGGCUUCAGAUUGUAGGGCAUAAGAAUGUCGCUCCUGGCAGCGCUGACGUCUGUGGAAGCCAAGACACGGCCUGGCGCCGGCAGCGCCCGCGGCCCACCGGUUGCCUCCAGCCUGGAGGUGGUGGACUCGCUGGUGGCGCUGGAGCGCAUGCUGGCCGCCCUGCAGGGGGUGGAGUGGCUGGCGGUGGACGCAGAGGGCGUGAACCUGAGCCGCGAUGGGAAGCUGUGCCUGCUGGCGCUGCUGCCGGCGCGUCCGCGGGCGGGCUCUGCCGGCGGCGUCUCAGGGGCGGCGGCCUGGCAGUGCCUGUCCGGGUACCUGGUGGACAUCAGUGUGUUGGCGGCCGAGGCCUUCACGCACAGCGGCCCGCAAGGGCGCUCUCUGCAGGAGGUGCUGGAGUGCGAGGAUGUGACCAAGCUGCUGUACGACGUGCGCUGUGACGCGGAGGCGCUGUACCACCAGCACGGCGUCAGGCUGGGCGGAGCGGUGGACCUGCAGCUGGCAGAGGUGGCGUUCCGCCGGCACGGGCCGCGGCGGCUGUCGGUCAGGUGUGUGAUGGGUCUGCGCAAGGCGCUGGACAGCUACCUCAGCGGCGUGCAGGCAGCGCAGUGGGCGGCGGCGCGGGACCGCAAGGAGACUGUGGGCGCAGCCUGCAGGGCAGACGAGCAGUUCUGGGACCGGCGGCCGCUGACGUCCGACCAGACCGAGUACGCCUCCGGGGACGUGGUGUACCUGUACGACCUGUGCACCAAGCUGAAGGCGGGCGUGUCGGGCGACACCUGGAAGCGGGUGCUGCGGUACAGCUCUGACCGGGUGGAGGACAGCUGCAAGCCGCUGCACGUGUCGGAGGGCGGGCCCGCGCAGGGCAUGCACCGGGCCCUGGCGCCGCGCGGGCUGUGAGUGACGAGCGGGCCCAGCUGCUGAUGUGCGAUGGGACAGAGCGGACCCAGCUGUUGAUGAGGGGCGCGUGCGUGCGUGGAGGCGCGGCAGUGCAUGCACGAGUGCAUGGUUGCACAUGCGGCACAGAUUGAGCUGUCGUGAGGUGGACGGCAGGGGUGAUAAAGCACUUGUCCCGAAUGUGUCAGCAAGACCGUGGCUGAGGGUGCAAGCAACGCGAUGGCCUUAAAUGGUUUACACACGCAGUUUUUUUUCAGUCGCUCUGGGUAGCCGCUCGUACGACUGCACGGCAAGAAGCGUGUGUAUGGGUGUGUGUUCGCCUCGAUGUAUGAUUACAAGGACCAGCCUGCGCGACCUGCUGAGAAGUUGACAACGCGCGCGUGCUGUGGCCACGCCCUGGCCCCCGCCCCCGCCCAGCCUCUGAUGUAACACCUGUUGCCG